AUGUUAUUCCACUCGCGUUUCAUUCCCCAUCCUCUCCCUGCGUCGCUGCUGCAGCGGCGCGGAAUCACUCGAGCUCUUGAGGGCGAUUUCGCGGCGGCCGCGCGGAGCGGAGCGUCACGCGAUGCCCGCGCGGACGAUGCUGUAUGCGCGCAAGCAGCGAAUGAGCGGGUCGGCGCGAGGGGGGAAGCGAUGGGGGACGCGAGGGGGAACGAGAGUGCGGGUGCAACGUGCGGCGAUAUCGACCGCCGCGAGAUAAAUCCGUUCGGCUCGUCGUGGAGUGGCGAGAACCGGAAUCGCGUUUCAGUCUCGAUCUCGCAAUUCGGAGAUCGCGUUUCGGUGAACCCCGCGGGUGAUUCGGCUUCGCAUGCUUCCAUGCGACCAAUAAAUGCGGCCACAAUGACGCCAGAUGGAGGGGCAGCAGAUGGCGCGGCGAGCAUUGACGGGCGCUGCGACCCGCGGGGUGACGUCUUGACGAUGGCGCCCGAUGGUGGGGCAGCAGAGGGCGUCGCGACGCGGCCGGUUGAUGCGUCGACGAUGGCAGCAGAGGGCGCGGCGAGCAUUGAUGGUCGCUGCGACUCGCGGGACGACGACGGCGCCGGUUGGCGACGAGAUGGCGAAGCGGCGAAGCGGGCGAACUCGCUGUCUGUUGCCCUGCGAAACGCGGCGACUGUUGAGGUGAGUGCAGGACGGGAUGGAAAGCUGGUAACUUUAACGUGUGAGGUGCAGUGCAGCGAGGGGACAGUGAGGGGAGCAGCGAGGGGAGCAGGGAGGGGAGCUUUGCUCCCACUGCGCCCUUUGCCCCCUCUCUCCUUUGCUCGCAUAUCAAUCCUUCCGCUCCAGCCUCUUUCUUCUCCACACUUCCUUCCCUCACCCUCUUCCAUGUCCAUCACCCUUACCCCCCACUCCCCACCCGCCACCACAUGCCAUGUCAGCAGCAUCUGGACUUAA